AAUAGCAUCAUCAUCAAUACAUUAAAAAAUCAAAGUUUGUGCAGCCAUCCUAGCUCCUAGCCACGUGCUAUUUUGUGCUUGAUCUGCUCACUGGAUCCCGUGUGAGAUGGACUGCCGUGCUCUGCAGUGAGUGAAACGAAACCCUAGCUGAUGUGGUAGAAAGGAAACACAAGAUCAAAAUGCCUGCUGACGAAACUGCCGGUCAAGUACUCACGAUCAAGAAAAAGAAGCAGCUGAAAAGGAAAUCCGGCGAAACCCCAGGUGUAUCGAAGUAUGAUAAAAACAGCAAGAAGCAGAAAUUUCCUUCGUCUGCUGGCAAAGCUAAAGGUCCCGUUAGCUACAAGCAGCUUGAGAAGAAAAAAAGUAGCCCACCGCCUGCUCCCAAAGAUGCCAGUGUUGCGACGGCAAAAAAGGCGGUUAAACGAAAGGCCGAAGAUAGUUCAAUAGAAAGUUCCGAAAAAGAGCUGCUUCACAUGUCAAAGAAGCAACGUAAAAUUGUCCGCAAGAUGCAGGGAGGUAAUUACGAGAUUUCAAAAGAAGUGAAGCUUAUAUGGGAAGACCUGCGACGUAGGAAAUGCCUGCCAGAUACCCGUCAAGAAUUGUUGAAGAAGAUGGAAAAUAUCAUCAAAGGGCGAGUGAAGCAGCUCAUUUUUGCACACGACACCUCACGUGCUAUCGAGUGCUUCGAGUCGUACGGCUCAGAACAACAACGGAGCAUGCUUUUCGACGAGGUCAAGGAUAUCGUCGUUCCCAUGUGCAAGUCGACGUACGCAAAGUUCAUCGUGUUGAAGAUGCUGAUGAAAGGCACCAAAAAGCAGAGAGAAAACGUCAUCAAAGCCUUCAACACUCAUAUUGUGUCUCUGAUGAACCACAGUGAAGCGGGAUCAAUCAUUGAAUACUACUACAACGAGCACGCCAACGCUGUGCAGCGCUCUCAACUCCUCCAAGAGUUCUACAGCCGCGACUUUGCGCUUUUCAAGGAGGACAAGGUGGUCACGUUCAAAGACGUCCUCGCCAAAUCUCCCGCGCCGGCGAAACUCAUCGAGGACUUCAAGGAAACCCUCAUAAAGAUGAUCGAUAAGCCGGUCCUGCGCCACACCAUGGUUCACCACCUUCUGUACGAGUUUUUCAAGAGCGCGGACGACGCUUCUCGUUCGGAAGUCAUCCCGCUGCUGGCAGGUUCGCUUGCGGAGAUCCUGCACACAAAGGACGGGGCGCGCGUCGCCAUGCAGUGCAUCUUCUACGGAACGGCCAAGGAUAGGAAAAACAUCAUCAAGGGCUUCAAGACUCACAUGGUGAAGAUUGCCAAAGACGAGAACGCGUACUUGAUUCUCAUCUCCAUAUUCGACCGCGUCGACGACACUAAACUGAUAGAAUCGUCCGUCACAUCCGAACUUCUCAAGUCGGCGCUCGAACUGGCGCUCGACAAACACGGGUGCAAAGUGCUCGCGUACCUCGUUGCCCCGCGGGACACGCGGAUGUUCCAUCCCGACAUCAUCAACAUUCUGAAGGAAGGGGACGCGACCACGACGAGUAAGAAGGACGUCAACAUCCGCAGGGAGCAACUACGUAACAUCGCUGCCAAGGAGCUCGUCAAGUUGAUCGAAAAUAACAUUCCGGAGCUCCUCAAGGUCGGACACUCCGCGGUGUUUGCAAGCGUAGUUCUUACGACGUUGAGAGAAGCGAGCACCCCCGCGCUGAACAAGAUAGCGGAGCUGCUGUCGUCUCCGUACGAAGCGGGCGAAGAUUUGGAUAGGGAGCAUCUUUUCGACCAGACGUACGGCAGGUUCCUGCUGAAUAAGCUCAUAAAACACGACAAGGAUAACAAUGAAGGAUACAUGAGCCAGCUUUUGGUGCGUAACGUACCGGAAGAAGUGAUGCAGUCGUGGACUGAAAGCAACUUCGGACGUAAGCUGCUGAUGUGCAUGAAAGACGCUGGGUCGGACGAGGUGAAGCUGCGUGUUGGGGCUGUGUUGUCGGCGACAGGGUGAUGUAUCUUAUCGUGCAAAAAUAUGUAAUAAAUAUGAGGCAAGCCCUCGAAAAAAAUUGGAUAAUAAGA